AAAAGGAGAAUCUUUGAGUCGCGGAGAGGCAGCGCGGAGGCUGCUGCGAGGAGUCCGGGUGCGGGCACACCGGUGGCUCGGCUGCUCAGGGGCAGGCCCUGGACUAAGGAGGAGAGGCCAGAGCAGCUCCAGGACCCGAGGCCGGAGCCGAGGAGGAAUGUGACCGGGUUUCGGCGGGGGCGCGGGAGUACGCGAGCGCAGGGAUGGGGCAGCAGGUGGGCCGCGUCGGGGAGGCUCCGGGGCUCCAGCAGCCGCAGUCCCGCGGGAUCCGGGGCAGCAGUGCAACCAGGCCCUCCGGCCGCAGGCGGGACCCGGCGGGGCGCACCGCGGAGGCCGGCUUCAAUAUCUUCACUCAGCAUGAUCACUUUGCCAGCUGUGUGGAGGAUGGAUUUGAGGGAGACAAGACUGGAGGCAAUAGUCCAGAAGCCUUGCACCGCCCGUACGGCUGUGACGUUGAAUCCCAGGCACUGAACGAAGCCAUCAGGUGGAGCUCCAAGGAAAACUUGCUGGGAGCCACUGAGAGUGACCCUAAUCUCUUUGUUGCACUUUACGAUUUUGUAGCAAGUGGCGAUAAUACACUCAGCAUCACUAAAGGUGAAAAGCUCCGGGUCCUUGGUUACAAUCAGAAUGGCGAGUGGAGUGAAGUUCGCUCUAAGAAUGGACAGGGUUGGGUGCCAAGCAACUACAUCACCCCAGUGAACAGCUUGGAAAAGCAUUCCUGGUACCAUGGACCUGUGUCACGCAGUGCAGCCGAGUACCUGCUGAGCAGUCUCAUCAAUGGCAGUUUCCUGGUGCGAGAAAGCGAGAGCAGCCCCGGGCAGCUCUCCAUCUCGCUCAGGUAUGAGGGGCGUGUGUAUCACUACAGGAUCAAUACCACAACAGAUGGCAAGGUCUGUGUGACUGCUGAAAGCCGCUUCAGCACACUGGCCGAGCUCGUUCACCACCACUCCACAGUGGCUGAUGGGCUGGUGACAACUUUGCACUACCCAGCACCCAAGUGUAAUAAGCCUACCGUUUACGGUGUAUCCCCUAUCCACGACAAAUGGGAAAUGGAACGGACAGAUAUUACCAUGAAGCACAAACUUGGGGGUGGUCAGUAUGGAGAGGUGUACGUUGGCGUCUGGAAGAAAUACAGCCUUACAGUUGCUGUGAAGACACUGAAGGAAGAUACCAUGGAGGUGGAAGAGUUCCUGAAAGAAGCUGCAGUAAUGAAGGAAAUCAAGCAUCCUAAUCUGGUACAAUUAUUAGGUGUGUGUACAUUGGAGCCACCAUUUUACAUUGUGACAGAGUACAUGCCGUAUGGGAACUUGCUUGAUUACCUCCGAGAAUGCAAUCGAGAAGAGGUGACUGCAGUUGUACUGCUCUACAUGGCCACUCAGAUCUCUUCUGCCAUGGAGUACUUAGAAAAGAAGAAUUUCAUCCAUAGAGAUCUUGCAGCUCGUAACUGCUUAGUGGGAGAAAACCACGUGGUGAAAGUGGCUGACUUCGGCUUAAGUAGAUUGAUGACUGGAGACACCUAUACUGCUCAUGCUGGAGCCAAAUUCCCUAUUAAGUGGACAGCACCCGAGAGUCUUGCCUACAACACCUUCUCAAUCAAAUCGGAUGUCUGGGCUUUUGGGGUGCUACUGUGGGAAAUCGCUACCUACGGAAUGUCACCAUACCCAGGUAUUGACCUGUCCCAGGUCUAUGAUCUACUGGAAAAAGGAUAUCGGAUGGAACAACCUGAAGGAUGUCCCCCUAAGGUUUAUGAACUUAUGCGAGCAUGUUGGAAGUGGAGCCCUGCUGACAGGCCUUCUUUUGCUGAGACUCACCAAGCUUUUGAAACCAUGUUCCAUGACUCCAGCAUUUCUGAAGAGGUAGCUGAGGAGCUUGGAAGAGCUGCCUCCUCCUCAUCUGUUGUUCCAUACUUGCCCCGAUUACCUAUACUUCCUUCCAAGAUUCGGACACUGAAGAAACAGGUGGAAAACAAGGAAAACAUUGAAGGGGCACAAGAUGCCACAGAGAACUCUGCCUCCAGCUCAGCACCAGGGUUCAUUAGAAGUGCACAGGCCCCCAGUGGCUCCCCAGCACUGCCUCGAAAGCAGAGAGACAAGUCACCCAGCAGCCUCUUGGAAGAUGCCAAAGAGACAUGCUUCACCAGAGAUAGGAAAGGAGGCUUCUUCAGUUCCUUCAUGAAAAAGAGAAAUGCUCCCACACCCCCCAAACGCAGCAGCUCCUUCCGAGAAAUGGAGAAUCAACCCCACAAGAAAUAUGAGCUCACGGGUAACUUCUCAUCUGUUGCUUCUCUGCAGCAUGCUGACGGGCUCUCUUUUGUGCCUGCCCAGCAAGAGUCGAAUCUGGUGCCACCCAAGUGCUAUGGGGGGAGCUUUGCACAGAGGAACCUCUGUAAUGACGACGGCGGGGGUGGUGGGGGCAGUGGCACUGCUGGGGGUGGGUGGUCUGGCAUCACAGGCUUCUUUACUCCACGCUUAAUAAAAAAGACACUGGGCUUACGAGCGGGUAAACCCACAGCCAGUGAUGACGCCUCCAAGCCUUUCCCAAGGUCAAACUCUACAUCUUCCAUGUCCUCAGGGCUUCCAGAGCAGGAUAGGAUGGCAAUGACUCUCCCCAGGAACUGCCAGAGGUCCAAACUGCAGCUGGAAAGGACCGUGUCCACCUCUUCUCAGCCAGAAGAGAAUGUGGGCAGGGCCAACGACUUGCUUCCCAAGAAAUCAGAGGAAGGUGCUGCUCCAACCAGGGAGAGACCAAAAGCCAAACUUUUGCCCAGAGGAGCCACAGCUCUUCCUCUCAGAACGCCCUCUGGGGAUCCAGCCAUUACAGAGAAAGACUCUCCAGGACUAGGGGUGGCUGGAGUUGCAGUUGCCCCCAAGAACAAGGAGAGGAAUGGUGGGGCACGACUUGGGAUGGCUGGAGUUCCAGAGGAUGGAGAGCAGCCAGGGUGGUCUUCUCCGGCCAAGGCGGCAGCAGUCCUCCCAACCACUCACAACCACAAAGUGCCAGUCCUUAUCUCGCCCACUCUGAAACACACUCCAGCGGACGUGCAGCUCAUUGGCACAGACUCUCAGGGGAACAAGUUCAAGCUCUUAUCUGAGCAUCAGGUCACAUCCUCGGGAGACAAGGACCGGCCCCGGCGGGUAAAACCAAAGUGUGCCCCACCCCCACCACCUGUAAUGAGACUACUGCAGCAUCAGUCCGUAUGCUCAGACCCUCCGGAAGAGCCGACUGCCCCUUCUGCAGGACAGCCCUCCUCAGACACCCAGGAAGGUGGGAAAAAGGCAGCUCCAGGGGCAGUGCCCACCAGUGGGAAAGCUGGGAGGCCAGGGAUGCCUCCCCCUCAAGUGCCUCUGCCCACAUCUUCCAUCUCACCAGCCAAAAUGGCCAAUGGCACAGCAGGUACUAAAGUGGCUCUGAGAAAAACCAAACAGGCGGCUGAGAAAAUCUCAGCAGACAAAAUCAGCAAAGAGGCCUUGCUGGAAUGUGCUGACCUACUGUCCAGUGCAAUCACGGAACCUGUGCCCAAUAGCCAGCUGGUAGACACUGGCCACCAGCUGCUGGACUACUGCUCAGGCUAUGUGGACUGUAUCCCUCAAACCCGCAACAAAUUUGCCUUCCGAGAGGCCGUAAGCAAACUGGAACUCAGCCUGCAGGAGCUGCAGGUGUCUUCUGCGGCUGCUGGUGGACCCGGGACAAACCCAGUCCUUAAUAACUUAUUGUCAUGUGUACAGGAAAUAAGUGAUGUGGUGCAGAGGUAGCCACUGUUAGCCCAGUGGAAAGAUGCACACAGUUCUUGGGGAGAGGGCAAGGGGACUUGUUUGCCUGUGUUCUUGUUUUCAAAAACUGAAAGACU